AUGGUUCGCGUAAAUUAUAUUUUCCUGGUCUUUUGCUUCAAUUAUGCCCUGAGCGCUGAACAAAAGAAGAGAUCAUAUGUUGGCGGUGGAUCGCACGGAUUCAGUUCAGGAGGCGCUAUUUCAUCUAUUGGAGGAGCUGGAAUCGCAUCGUCUGGAAUUAUCUCUUCGAUUGGAAGCGGCAUCGGAGCAGAGGGUGUUGGUGGAGGCUUUGUGUCUGGAGGUGCUGGAGGUAUUGGCGGUAUCGGAGGAUUCGGGGGCAUUGGCGCUGGUGGAGUUGGAGGUGGAUCAAUAAUCGGUUCAGGAUCGCUCAGUGGGGUCCCAACGCAACACACGGUAUCGGAAUACUACAAUACUGUAGCCGUUCCCGUUCCUCAACCGGUACCAGUAUCCGUACCUAGGCCUGUUCCGUACCCGGUACAUGUUGGUGUGCCGGUCGACUCGCCCCGACCUGUGCCGGUGCCUGUACCGCAACCCGUACCUCAUGUAGUAACGCGACCUGUAGCCGUCCCAGUUGAUAGGCCUUACGCGUACCCGGUAGCCCAAGCGGUACCCGUUACGGUAACUCAAGGUGUUGGCAUUCCGGUUCCGCAGCCCUAUCCCGUAUCAGUUCCCGCCCCAGUGCCUGUCAGCGUACCCCAACCGGUUUCUGUUCCAGUUACCGUUGUGGCUUCUGGAUCUGGAGGAGGACUUGGACUUGGCGGUGGAGUCAGUGGAUUCGGAGGUGGCUUCAGUGGAAUUGGGGGUGGCGUCAGUGCAGUUGGGGGUGGGAUCGGGGGAUACGGCGGUACGAUUGGUGGUUUUGUGCCAUCUUCUGGCAUUGGCUUAGGGGUAGGCGGUGGCAUUGGACACGGUAUCGGAUCUGUAACUUUAGGGUCAUCCUUGGGAUCAUCGUUGACUUCCGGCUCGUUGUCAGGUCACACGAUCGCUACGUCUCAUGGUCACCGCAUUCACCAUUCAUAUUAA